GUGUGCGGAUGCCCUAUCUGCUCACUAACCCAGCCACUGCGAUUGUGUUACAAUCCGGGAAUCGGGGGGGCCUGGCAGGUCGUUGUCCGGUUAGACGAUAAUCUCGCUGAUGAAGCCAGGGUGAGCUCUGUGAAUAACGGUCGGGCACUGGAUGAUCUCCCCAUCCAGGGAUUUGGCAGGGAUGAGGGGUGCACCUUGCAUCCACCUCCUGCGGCGGUGCGAAGAGGCGAUCAAGUCCAAGAUCAUAGUAUAAAUCCCGAUACUUGCCUUCACCCUCGAUCUGUUGCAUUCCAGAUUCCUUCGCAUUCUUCCAUCCCCGCCUGGCACAUUCCCUAUCUGAUCACAUCAUCACCCCGACCUGCCAAAUUCCUUCAAAAAUGUUCUUCCGACAGGCGCUCCUUGCCAGCACGGCGGUCUUGUCCUUGUCGGUGGCUCUCCCCACGGCCGACCCAAGUCUUCCAUACCUGCUGUCUCCGCGAGAUGAUACGCAGUGCAUUGCUGGGACGACCUUCUAUGCGUGUUAUCUGAACCACUUCCGGGGAUGCUGUUCUGUCGAUCCCUGUGCCCUGGAGGCGGGUUGUCCGGACAACAAUCCCAAUCCCAAUAACAACCAGCAGCACCACCACCAACAAGUGACCUGUCCUGUCUCUGGCACCCAGGUGUUCCAGCCACAGAUGGAGAUGAUCUUUCCGACCGAGCCAACCACCUCUCCCAUUCCCACCCCAGAUUUGAAUCUCUCCCGCUCCGCCACCACUCAAUGGAACCAACUGAUGACCUUCACCCUGCCCAGCGAGGCCCGCCAAUGCACUCUCGGCUGGACCAUCCCCGCCCGCCGCAACUUCACUGCGGGCUCCAACGCCUUGGUCCGCGUGCUGGAGAACGUCGCCCCCGGUAAUAUCACCCGCAUCGGCGCGGCGGAUUUCUCCUACUGGCCACAGACCCCGGGGCCCCACGAGGCCCUGGUUGGAACCUUAGACUGUAAAGAGCAAUUGCAGUUUCACUUGACUCUGGAGCAUCGAGAUGCUGUCUUCAUGGCCCAGGAUGCGCAGACGGGCUGGUGGGUGCGAUACACCUGCUGA